AUGGCCAAGAAUACGAUUGGUUUUCAUCCACAGAUUAUUUGGAUAUGUAUGUGGCGAGCAUGUCUUUACAAGAUGGAUGGAAGGUCUGAUAAAGAAACCAUCGAAAACCAUGAGGCAACAGACAGCGACUGGAGCAAUGCCAUGCAUACGGCAAGAGAGGAGUUUGAAUCGAGUGCCGAGUCUCAAUCGGAGUCGAGCAUCAUGAAGCAUGUACUUGGCGCUGCAUGCAUGCUGAGCCAUGAAAACAGCAACGAAGAGCAGGAGAAUGUCUCGAAGUUUGAUGUGUACAUUGUCAACGGCAGUGGAAAAAUCAAUGGAUACGAGCUGAAGCACAUCAGCCCUAUUGAUGAUCUCGAGUCGGAAAGUCUACAGGGAGACUCGCUUGUGGAAGGCAUAAGAUCGUUCCACCUUGAUAGAAAGGACAGGAGUGUGCCACCCAAGGAGUUCUAUGGAAAAAGGAAGUCGUGUGGCUCAGCUGUAAAGAGUGAUAGCAGGAGUACUCUUGCAUCGAAGGGUAGUCACGACCCCAUCAUCCUUGAGAUUUCUGACAUAUCGAGUGCAUAUAAUGCUGACGAGUCGGAAGAAGAGCAAGUGCAGCAUCAAUCGCACACACAAGAGCAGAGGAGCCCAAAACAAGAGUUUAACGGUGUGUAUAAUGCAUUAUGCGUAAGCUACGGUGGUAGAGGCAUGCUACUGCAAAAAGCCAGCAUGGAAGUGUGCAAUUCAUCAGGUGCCAAUACUAGUUGUAGUUGCUGCUCAUUUAAUGCAAAUAUAUGCAGUGUGUGCAGUGCAAGCACAUCUGGUUUAAGCAGCAGUUCGCUGAAUACAAGCAGUUGUUCGGGCACAAUUCUGAUGGAAGGAUGUGCUGCCAGAGAUGGUAGAGAUGUGCAUGAGUGCAAAGGGCGUACAGAUGCAAAUCUUCCACCUGAAGGAUUGAAAAUGCCGGUGGAGGGAGAGGUUGUUAUUAUCAAUCAGGGUGCAGAUAAAGAUGUACUGCGGGAGCUUGGGAUUUCAUCUACAUGCAAACUGAUGCAGGGCUCGUAUGAUAUAAUGACCGAGUCAAGCAAGCCUGUGAAUGAAUUCAAUACAGCGUCUAGCGAUACAAAUUGCGAUGAUAACAACCCGAAUGCCAUCAAGGAUGCAAUUAGUGAGAUACAGGCACAAGUGUUUGGAGGCAGUUCUGUAAUCAAGAAAAUCGGAUUGAACAAUCCUAGCCAAUCGAUAUUGAGUGGAGGAAAGGCCACGCCUGACUUUGGAGGUGUAGAUAUGGAGCUGAAGACUGCUCUGCUUGCUGCAUUUAUUCCCUCGAUUGAUGCACCAAGUGAAACGUCGUCCAGCAGAGCAUCCUUUGUUGAGACAAGCUUUACAAGAAGAGUUAAUGACGAGCUGAACGAGGUGCGAGCACAAAUCGAAAGCGAAAAGCAGAAGGCUGAUAAAAGCAAGGCAAGUGCAGAUGUAAACGAAAACAUGAUUCUUUUUAUUGAAGUAAAGGAUUCAGCAGACAAAAAGCCGAAUGCGUCAUUCACAAGGAAUAACCGUGUUGGAAAGCUAGUCAAAUUCUUUGAAGAAUUAGGAGAGGAUAACGAAGAAAAUAAACUUGGUUAA